AUGGAGAAAGAUCCUUCUAUUGUCGAAACGGGCGGCUGCGACAGGGUCGUGAGUCGUGCCGAAGGGGUUGUCCUCGAUGAAGCAUUCGUGGACCCCGCGGUGGAAAAGAGAGCUCUUCGCAAGUUCGACUAUAUCAUGAUCCCCCAGAUCAUCAUCUUGGUCAUCAUCGCUCAGCUGGAUCGAUCGAACAUUGGUAAUGCAAAGGUCUUUGGCCUAGAAAAGGGCCUGAAACUGCACGGCAGCCAAUUCAACGACAUCGUCACCCUCUUCUACCCAACUUACAUUGUCUGCGAGGUCCCAUGGGUUGUCGCCCUCAAGCGAUACGGAGUCAACCGCAUUCUGUCCAUCUCCAUGGUGGGAUGGAGCGUGGUUACUCUGGGAUCCGGCUUCGUCAACAACUACUCGCAAAUGCUGGCCUGCCGUAUCCUCCUGGGUGUCUUUGAAGGCGCCCUCAACCCUUGCCUGAUCAUGACCAUCUCGACCAUCUGGGACCGCAACAGCCAGGCGAAAAGAGUAUCGGUGAUUUACGUUGCUUCGGGCCUUUCGGGCGCAUUUGGCGGUCUGAUCGCGUACGCCAUUCAAAGCAUGGGAAGAAAACACGGCCUCGAUCCGUGGCGAUGGCUGUUCAUCGUCGAGGGAAUCAUCUCUGUGGUCCUCUGUGGACUCAGCUGGCUAUCCAUGCCCACCAGCGCGGCCAAAGCUUGGUUUCUAACCCAUGAAGAAAAGGAGGCAAUGCUGGUGCGUGCAGCCAACAAUGUUCGGUUCCAAGGCACAGAACAAAAACUCGCCUGGUCACAUAUCAGAGCUGCCGUGUUCGAGCCCUACGUCUGGCUUGGGGGAAUCACGCUGUUUGCCAAUUCCACCGCUACUCUCGGAUUUGGUGUCUUUUUGCCCACCAUCAUCCGGGGCAUGGGAUACACUUCCUUGCAGGCCAAUUACCUCACGAUUCCGGUUUACUUGUUCGUGGCCUUGUGUUGUUUCGUCUGUGCUUUUGGUGCGGAUAAACUAAAGUCCCGCGCCGUACCGUUGAUGAUUCUGCCCAUACCAACCAUCAUCGGAUAUGCAAUGGUCAUUGGGAGCGCGAAGAAGGGAGUUGGAUAUGCUGCUAUGUUCCUUUGCGGCGGAGGAAUGUUCUGUUUGAGCACUCUAUUGCUGGUCUGGAUCUCCAUCAACAUCUCCCCUGACUACAAGCGAAGCGUUGGUGUUGGCAUUAUGGGGAUGUUGGGAAAUUGUGCCGGCGUGCUCUCUGCCCAAAUCUACCAGACCACUGAUGCUCCACGCUACGUGACCGGCAAUGCCAUAUCUCUGGGCAUGGAGGGCGUUGCUUGGGUUGGUGUCGCCUUGAUGUAUCUGAUGCUCCGCCUGCGCGGGAACAAAAAGGACAAGAUGAAAGCUGACGGUGCGACUACCAAUGGCAAGCUUGGUGACCGGGCUCUGGACUUUGUCUAUCUGCUCUGAUUCAUAUGGAACUGGAAACCAGGGAAGGGGAAAGGAUAACGGUACUACACGGUGAUCGGGGACUCAACUUUCCCGAUAGGGGAGCAGUGCAGGGGUCGGGUUUACUUCUUAAGGAAAGAGGAAAUAGGGCUACAGAUACUGAGAUCGCCGUCGCAUGAUUUGACAAAAUAGUGGUUGAAUCAAGUCACGGUUUGUCUGCCCUCUCGAAAUAGAAGUUCGGCACACGUUGUCUUUAGGGAGGGUACUAUA